AUGGUUUUGCGCAGUCGUGUUCUCCCUUAUGCUCACAGGAGUAAUACUUGCACAGACCUACAAUUAUGUCGAGGAGCGACCAAAGGACCCGUUCUUAGUGCAAUUGUUGGUAUAUACCUCUUUUGUUUUGUGUAUAGCCAAGUCCGCCUCAACUCUGGCAAUAACGUGGCGGCUGUUCACAUUUUGGAGAUUUUCUCAAUGUCGGCAUCCCCCGCUGUCGAUCAAAAGAUCACCACUGUGUGGGGAUCAUUCAUGGGUCUUAUUGUUCAGGCCUAUUUCAUACACCGGGGGUUUGUUUUGUCGCGCAAUUGGUACUUCUUGAUCGUAGCGUCGUUGGCAUCAAUCAUCGGGUUUGUUGGCUCAAUCAUCCUGUGCUAUGUGGUGUUCACGCUCAAAGGCAUCCCUCCACCACUCUACCUCCAAUCGGCUAACAUGAUGGUUAUUGGUACUGUCGUGGCGGACGCCUUGAUUACUGGUUUCACCUGUUGGUACCUGCUCAACCAACGCAAGCAAUCUUCAUUCGCCAGUACCAACACCCUGAUUGUACGCUUAGUUACUACAUCCAUGCAAUCUGCUGUCCCUCCCCUCAUUUGUGCAAUAUUCAACUUGAUUUUUAACUCUCGUUCAAACGCAACCGACAAUGCUUGGGUCCUUUGCUUCAAUGUUCUUCUCCCAUACUUCUAUGUCGUGAGCUUGAUGUUCACGAUCAAUUCUCGUGCCCGACUACGUACAGCUGGAGGUAGUCAAAGUGAUAGAGCAAAUGUGUAUGGCAUGCACUCUCUUCCUAAGAACGAGGGCACUGAGCGCUCUGCCACUCAGGUUUAUGUGACAACUCAGACACGGACCGACCAGAUCAACUCGGCGGAGCGCGGGGAUAUUCCUAGCGAUCGCCGUUCGGUGGACUCCAGUUCACAUGUCUCUGUGGGAGACAAGAAACGACGUUUGGGAGACGACUUUUGA